UCAGUCGUCGUCGGGCUCCGCGAGGAGGGGCACGUCGGCUCCGACGCUCGGCGCGCGCGGCGUGCUCGCGCCGCUGACGGUCGGGUGACGAACGGUGACCGAGUGACGCCGCAGACGCUGACGGAGGGUGAGGGACUGUCCGGCACCACCUCUGACCCGUGACCUCAGCCGAGAACAGCAGCCGGUUUGUCGCCUAUCUGCCUGCUGAUCCGCUCAUCUGCUGGCUCGGCCGAAGCGGGAUCUGGCCCAUCGCUGGUCGGAGUACUUCGCCACACCGUACUGCUAGUCUCUUCGCCACCUUCCCGGCGGACACUCGGUUACCGCACACCCACACGAGUCAGACACUCGGUUACAGCACGCCAACACGAGUCUGUCUUCAGCCGGCUGCCGGGGGCAUACAGACCGGCAUACGGCCGCAGGCCAGCAGGCGGCAUCAGACGGGCCGCGGAGAGCUCGGUGUGCUGGUUUCUCCCACAGACCCACUGCAGGCCGCUCAAAGCUUGCGGACUCACCAGUGACGGACCGGGGACCGCCGCCGCGCCGCCAUGCUCUCUCUGAACGUGACGGCGGCGGAGGCCGAGCCGGUGGCCACCGCCGGGCCCGGCUACCCGUGGGAGGUGCGGCUCGUGCUGAUGAUGGUGCUGCCCGUGGUGAUCGCCUGCACCAUCGUCGGCAACGUGCUGGUCUGCCUGGCCGUCUGCCUGGUGCCCAAGAUCCGCAGCCAGCCGUACACGGUGCUGUACGUCUCGCUGGCCGUGGCCGACCUCUUCGUCGCCGUGCUUGUGAUGCCGAUCGCACUGCUUCACCUCUGGGCGGGCACGUGGCGCUUCGGGCGCACCCUCUGCGACGUCUACGUCUGCGCGGACGUCCUCUCCUGCACGGCGAGCAUCCUGAACAUCUGCGCCAUCAGCGUGGACCGGUACCAGGCCAUCACCAAGCCGCUGCAGUACUCGCAGUGGCACGUCGAGCGGCUCAUGGCCGCCUACAUCUGCGUGGUCUGGACGUGCGCCAUCGGCAUCAGCAUCGUGCCCAUCAUCAUCAUCGGCAACGAGCACGGCAACGACGACGCCUGCAACGUCAGCCAGAACAUCUACUAUCAGGUGUGGGCCACGCUCAUGUCCUUCUACCUGCCACUCGCCAUCAUCAUCUUCGUGUACAUGAAGAUCCUGAAGGCGGCGCGCAUCAUCAUCAGGCAAGAGCGUCGGUCGCAAGGUCACCUGCCCAAGAGGCCCGGCGCCGCGGAGGUCAUCAAGAGCGCCUCCGGUUACGACGUUCGGCUGUGCCAGGUGCACGAGGCGUGCGCGCGGGACGGCCGAGGGGGCGCCAUCAACAACAACGUGAGCAGUCGUCCGCGCGCGCGGCGCCGCUUCUGCCCGUGGUCGUUUGAGGUGCCGCGCGAGAAGAAGGCCUCGGUGACGCUGGGCAUCAUCAUGACGGCGUUCAUCCUCUGCUGGCUGCCGUUCUUCAUCCUGGCCGUGAUCCGGCCGAUGGUGGCACGCGACUCCAUCCCCGACUCCAUGUCCGACGUCUUCCUCUGGCUCGGCUACUUCAACUCGCUGCUCAACCCGGUCAUCUACGCCACCUUCAACAAAGACUUCCGGCGGCCGUUCCGGGAGAUCCUGUGCCUGCGCUGCCGCAACCUGAAGCUGCUGCUGCGGCAGGAGCAGUACUUGGAGCAGUACGGCGGCUCCCAGGGCUCCGGCUCCAGACAUAUGCAGGUGGAGCCAGCGCCAGUGCUGCCCGUCACCGGGUACCGCCCCUGCCGGUCGAGUACCACUGGUCUCGGUACCGAUACCGACCCGGUACCGGUACUGGUACGCGGCGCCUCGGACAUCGAGCUGGACCGGCUCACCGGCCGGCCGAGGUCGGCGGCGCUCCACAACGGCAUCUGCAGCGAGUCGGCCAUCUGAGGUGUGGGUGGGUUCGCGACGGGACAGGUGGGACUGAGUGGGAUGGAUGGGCUGGAUGGACCCGCCACCUGACAUCAGGUCUACUGACUACUGAGGGUGAGCGCAGGACGGAAGGAAGACGUCCUCAGUGAUAUCGAAACAAACACAGAGGAACGCUGUCAGUGACCGGAGGAUGCAGAACGCCCUUGGUGCUCGCGGGACACAGAGAACGUGCGUAAGUAAGUAGUGAUCGCGAGGCGCAGAGGGAUGUUGUUCUAGACCGGAGGGCGUGAAAGGAACUCCGGGGGACCCCACUGAGCUGCGUAGGAAUGAUAUGAACCCGAGCGAUAGCCCGGUGUGUGAUUUAGUGGCAGGCUGUGUCAGCCCCUUAGCUGUGUGAUAAGACGUGCACAUUAGGACUGUUUAGUGUUCAGAUGGACUGCCCGCGAAUUGAGUAUCGUCUCGAUCAACUGAGCUUAAACGGACAACUCAGCCAUGGAAGGUCCAUCAAUGUGCGGUUAUACAAUCAGCUUAGUUAGUAACCUACCUACUACCGAAAGAGGAAGAGAGAGAUAGAAUGAGAGAGAGAGAGAGAGAGAGAGAGAGAGAGAGAGAGAGAGA